AUGAUCGGGACCUCGCCACUCGAGUAUGCCUGGGUGGUGACCUGGGUCGUCAUUCUACACUCGAUCGGACCGCUCUGCGUCGGCUACAGUAUACUGUCCAGAUUAUUACCAGACCGUCUCCGUCUCUGGCGGUAUCUCGAGUACUGGGCGUACGUGGAGACGGCAUUCUACUUGAUCACCUACGCCUACCGAAACCACCACCUCCAGCACCCGGCAGCCCAUCCUCCGCCGCUGGGCAAGGAAGAGCGAAGCCAGCUCUUUCGGCGCUGCUUCGAGAGCUACCAGGACCUGACAACGUCCUUCUCCCGAUGGUUCUUGGAUGCACCCAUCGCGGCCCUCAAGAGGGAGAACAUCAAGGAGUGGCUUCGCUGGGCGUUCCUCAACACCGGCCUGGUGGACCCGACGUACGAAGACGAGCUCGACACGUACGUGACUGAAAUCGAGCGGAAACUCGGCCUCAACUUCGAACCGGGAAGAGCGGAUAUCAAAAGCAUCCGAUUGACGCUGGACAAGGUCGAUGCGCUGCAUCGAAGUCUGACCUGGUAUCUUUGUAUCUUUGUGGUCGACGUCGUCACCCAUGGUUACAUGUACCUGUACGGAUUCGAGUUCUACCGUGCCUCGAUUGCCGAUUCCGUCGGCAUCAUUCCUCCACGACCGCAAGCUCUGAUCACAAGGCACCGGUCGCCGAGUCCACAUCUGAGCUACUGGUACCGCCGUCAUACCUCCAAAAAGGAUCUACCUGUCGUCUUCAUCCACGGCAUCGGAAUCGGGCUGUAUCCCUACAUGCAGCUUUUCUCAGAAGUGAACAUGGGCCGUCGGGAGGAAGAGGGGCAGAUUGGGAUCCUCGCCAUCGAGAUCUUGCCUAUCUCGUCUCGUAUCACAACGCCGGUGCCGCAAAAAGAAGAAAUGUGCCGCCGAAUUGCAUGCAUUCUGCGUUACCAUGGAUUCGACCAUUUUGUUCUUUUAACACAUUCAUACGGUUCCGUCGUCGCCACGCACAUGAUCAAGACGCCCGAGUUGGCCGAUCGAAUUUCCUCCGUCAUCCUGGUCGACCCUGUGUCGAUACUUCUCCAUCAGCCCGACGUGGCAUACAACUUUACCGUUCGAGCCCCCAAACACGCCAAUGAAUGGCUAGUAUGGUAUUUCGGCUCCAAAGACAUGGGCGUCGCACAUACUCUGUCCCGCACAUUUUUCUGGUCCCAGAAUAUCCUCUGGAAGGACGACCUCUUCGCCCACCGCGCGACAGUGUUCCUGUCCGCCAAGGACUCGAUCAUCAACGCCCCACAGGUCCGAAGAUACUUGCAAGCCAUGGAAGAAGAGGAAGAGGAAGAGGAAAAGCAAGAAAAAGGAGGUGUCCAAGAAAAAGGCCAUGCCUCAGUUCCAGUUCCAGACAACGUUACAACACAAAUCGAAAAGAGUAAGACCGAUCAACCUACCACCACUGACCUGUGCAACCACGGCAGUUUGGACGUCGUGUGGUGCCCCGACCUCGACCACGGCCAGAUCUUCGACUUGGCGCAUUGGAGGGGACGGUUAAAAGAGGAGAUCCUCAAGAAGGCGCGAUAUUCGACUGUAUGA